GCUAUUGGCUUCGCCGAACACCUGUGUAAUAAGGUAGCAUAUGUACGCCGAAUGCUAGAUAAUUUUGACAUUUAAGAGAGAGAGAAAUAUGAUGAUCUUGUCUUUCCUUUUCCUUGUUAUCUUCGUAUCCUUCUUCAUCAAGUUCCUCACUGCUGAUGGGGAUUUCACAUUAUUGUCAAAAGGGAAAGUGAAACGCCAAGAAAUUGAGGAUAAGGUUAUUUGGAUUACCGGAGCUAGUCGUGGAAUAGGGGAAAUUCUUGCCAAACAACUUGCAAGUUUAGGAGCAAAACUCAUUAUAUCUGCUCGAAAUGAAUCUGAGCUACAGCAUGUCAAGCAACAACUUACAGGAAAAUAUGCACCAAGAGAUGUGAUGAUUUUACCAUUGGACUUGACAUCUGGGGAGGAAAGUCUGAGAGUGGCCGUAGAGAAAGCUGAAUCAUUUUUUGGUGCAGCUGGAGUGGAUUAUAUGAUUCACAAUGCAGCCUAUGAGCGUCCAAAAUCUACAGCACUGGAUGUGACAGAAGAAACUCUCAAGGCAACAUUAAAUGUGAAUGUCGUGGGCCCCAUAUCGAUGACGCGGAUGCUUGUGCCUUACAUGCUUAAGCGGGGAAGGGGUCAUCUUGUUGUGAUGAGCAGUGCAGCUGGAAAGACUCCUGCACCAGGUCAGGCGGUAUACUCAGCUUCUAAAUUUGCAGUAAAUGGGUAUUUCCACACCUUGCGUUCUGAGCUCUGUCGUAAAGGAAUCAAGGUCACUGUAGUUUGCCCAGGUCCUGUAGAAACUCCUAAUCCAAGAACUGGUUCAACCGAGCGGCGUGUUUCAUCAGAAAGGUGUGCGGAGCUGACAAUUGUUGCUGCCAGCCACGGUAUCAAGGAAGCUUGGAUAUCUUACCAGCCUGUACUUGCUGUUAUGUACUUGGUGCAGUAUAUGCCAUCAGUUGGCUAUUGGCUUAUGGACAAGAUUGGUAGAAAGCGUGUGGAAGCUGCUGAACAGAAAGGCGACACAUACUCCAUCAACUUGCUCUUUGACAAAAAGAAGGAAAGCUAAAAGUAAUGUUUCUCAUAUGUUCCCCUGAAUAUUACCAUUUACAACAUAUGUUCCUCCGAAUAUUACCAUUUACCGCAUAUGCUCCUCUAAUAAUGUGCACCAUUCUACUUGCUUUCGUUAAGUUCCUCAACCUCGAGCUAUGCAAAUGUGCCAACGAAUAGGAGUAUCUUAUGCUUUAUUUGUCAGAUGUCAAGUCCAACGUUUGAUCAUUAUGAGAGGUGGCAACUGUUUCACUUGAUCGUGCAUGGGAAUUGUAACAAUUGUGGUCUUGUUCUAGCAUUUAGCUAAACGAUUUGGUUCAAAAUAUUCGUCACUCUUUCUUAAUAAUAUAACAAAUACGUUAAUCAUUUA